AUGUCGGAAGUUGUCGAGAUCGGGGAUCGCCUGCCGAUGGAUACUCGACCUAUGCAGCAAUCGCCUUGUACAAAUGAAAAGGCGACGGACACAACCCGACCGAACCAGAGAAGCAGUCAUGAUGAAGACCUGCCUCACGUUGCAGAUAGCAUUUCUGUCUCGGUCUGGCUUGUCAUAUUGAUCAGCACACUCGAACGCUUCGCUUUCUUUGGAAUUCGCGAGCCAUUUCAAAAUUAUCUUCAGAAUCAGCGAGAUGAUUCUCUACGACCAGGAGCGCUCGGAUUGGGCCAGAGCAAGGCAAGCAACCUAUCGUACAUGUUCUCGUUCUUGCUAUACACCACGCCUCUAUUCGCCAGCGUCGUUAUCGAUUGCUUCCUUGGGCGGUAUCGAGGAAUCUUAUUUUUCCUCUGCAUCUACGUAAGCGGAGCGUUCAUCUUGACCAUGACGUCUCUGCCACCAUCCUUGGAUGCAGGCGCAGGCCUGCCAGGAUUUCUGAUAGGUAUCAUUCUCAUGAGCAUAGGCCUUGGGGGCGUUAAGUCGGGUGUCUCACCAUUGAUGGCCGAUCAGUACACCAAUUGGGAAGAAAAGAUUGUAGUCAAGCCGAGCGGGAAGCGUGUCAUUAUUGAUCGUGAUCUCAGCAUGGACAAGAUAUAUCAUACAUACUACUGGGCUGUAAAUAUUGGAGCGCUGUCCGCACUAGCGACCACCUAUAUGGAGAAGGAUGUUGGCUUUUGGGCGGCAUACCUGCUUCCUUUCUGCGCUCUUUGCAUAUCGUUGCUGACGCUAACAUUGUGUCGGAACAAGCUCAUCAAACGACCGCCAGGUGGCAAUAUCCUGCCGACAGCAUUUCAAAUCAUGUUAUGUGCAGCGAAGAACAAUUUCAACAUGGAUGCUGCACGGCCGCAAAGCCAAGUCUAUACGGUCGACUGGGACGACAAGUUUGUGACAGACCUGCAGCGCGGCCUCAUAGCAUGUCGCAUUUUUGCAUUCUACCCUAUCCUCUGGGUCUGUCAUCUGCAGAUAAACAACAAUCUCGUCUCUCAAGCGGCCCAGAUGGAUACUCACGGUCUCCCAAACGACAUUUUCCCCACCUUGAACCCAAUUGCAGUGCUGGUUCUUCUGCCCGUCGUCACCAACGUGCUCUAUCCGACUUUGCGGAAGCUGGGUAUUAAGUUUCCGCCGGUAAACCGUAUGGCAAUCGGUUUCCUCAUAGAAGCCAUUGCAAUCGCGUACUGCGCGGGUAUCCAGCAGCUCAUAUAUACAAGAGCGCCUUGUUUUGCAUAUGCAUUGGAGUGCCCCGCGUCAGACGGGGGCAGAAUAUCGAAUCAGAUCAGUGUUUGGUUUCAAACACCUGUCUACGUGUUGGACGGUCUAGCAGAAGUAUUCUUUGACGUCGUCAGCCAAGAAUAUGCGUACAACAAGGCACCGGACAAUGUAAGAAGCUCUAGCGCGAUCGGCACGGAAUGUUUGCUGACAGCUGUCAUCCUCUACCAGAUGAAAUCGAUCGUUCAGGCCGUGUUGUCUGCCAUGGCAGGUGUCGGUGCUCUCUUGGGCUUUGCCCUGUACCCAAUUACACGCAACCCUCACCUUGUCUGGAUGUACACCGCUCUCGCAGCCGCUAUUGCCCUGGCAUCGGUGAUAUUCUGGCUACUCUUCCACAAGUAUAAUGCGGAAGAUGCUGAGCUGAAUAAGCGGGAUUUUAGCAGUAACGGAGGCGGCAUAGAAACAUCCCAGGUAAACACAAAUUCGAGUAUUGGGUGA